CUUUGAAUGUAAUCGAGAAACAUGAUUGCUUGAAUUUGAAAGGCAUCAGCACCGCCAGUUUGAAAGCAUAUUGUCAUCCAGCAUUCAUAGAGCCUGUGUAACUUAGCACCGCAAGAAGAAAUACUUCUCGAAGGAAACUGCAGCGAUGGAGGAUUACUUGAAGAUAGAGAAAAUUGGGGAGGGUACCUAUGGUGUCGUGUACAAGGGAAAGCACAAGACUACAGGCCAGGUGGUGGCCAUGAAAAAAAUUAGGCUGGAAAGUGAGGAAGAGGGAGUUCCCAGUACAGCUGUUCGAGAAAUCUCAUUGCUCAAGGAACUUCAGCAUCCCAAUGUUGUUUGCCUGUUGGAUGUCCUGAUGCAAGACUCAAGGCUCUACCUCAUCUUUGAAUUCCUGUCCAUGGAUUUAAAAAAGUACCUGGAUUCCAUACCGUCUGGCCAGUACAUGGACCCUAUGCUUGUGAAGAGCUACUUGUACCAGAUUUUGGAAGGGAUACUGUUUUGCCACUGCAGAAGAGUCCUUCACAGAGACCUGAAACCACAGAAUCUGCUGAUAGACAACAAAGGGGUGAUCAAGCUGGCUGACUUUGGGCUGGCCAGGGCCUUUGGUGUUCCUGUGCGGGUUUACACUCACGAGGUGGUGACGCUCUGGUACAGAGCCCCUGAGGUGCUGCUGGGGGCCUCCCGGUAUUCUACCCCGGUGGACAUGUGGAGCAUCGGAACAAUCUUCGCAGAGCUGGCCGUAAAGAAGCCGUUGUUUCAUGGCGACUCCGAAAUCGACCAGCUGUUUAGGAUUUUCAGGACUCUGGGAACUCCCAACAACGACGUUUGGCCAGAAGUGGAGUCCCUGCCGGAUUACAAGAAUACUUUUCCCAAGUGGAAGGCGGGCAACCUUUCUUCUGCGGUGAAGAAUCUGGAUGACGAUGGCAUCAACUUGCUGUCGAAAAUGCUCAUCUAUGACCCUCCGAAGAGAAUUUCAGCGAGGCAGGCAAUGAGCCACCCCUACUUUGAUGACCUUGACAAGAGAACCCUCCCAGCCAGCACAAUCAACAAAUUCUGAAACCCCUCACAUUGAAUAAUCACCCAUAAUUAUGUAUUUUUAUUCAUUUCUGUGUGCUUUCCAGUCUGUCUUUGUGUUACAUAUUCAUGUAUAUCACUAUACUCACCGAGUUCUUCUCUUAUUGGUCCUCGUGUUCUGUAAAUAGUGUCUAAGAUCUUUGCUCAAAAUUGUGUAUAAUACCACCAGACAAAUAUGGAAAGACAGGUGUUUGUAUAUGUAUAUAAUUUCAAAUGUAAAGGGCAUUUCUUUUGGAGCUCCCAUUUUUCAUCAUCUGUUCUUGUAUAUUCAUUGCAAGAAAUGCUAAUAAAGUGCACUUUUUGAGAUCCGA